AUGAGGUACCAAAAUUGGGACGUACUCCUCUUCCCUGGUGACUCAAGGACUCCCGUACAGGAAUUCAACACCAAAUGCUUCGUGCUAAGGCAGAACGUGGAUUGCUCCUCGAGUGAUGCCACUGUCGAGAAAUAUCCCAACAAUUUCGAGUCGAUGACACUGGUUCCUAUCCUCACCUCUUUCAUUGCUAGUCUCGAGCGUGGCGCAGCGUUCCGAAUUUCAAUCCACAGCUGGGAUAAACCCACCCCGUCUCACCUCUUGCUCAGCUACAAGACCCCCGAAGAAGCAAUUCUGUUUGAAGCACGAGUGUAUAUUGAUGGAGUUCUCGUUGCUCAACGUGCAUUCGACGAAAAUGUGUGGCCGGAAGUCAUUGAAGGGGCUAACGGCACAGAUCGCGAUGCUCGAUAUCUCCAAUUUCCCACGUUCUACAGAGAAAUGCUUCAGCAACCAGGUUGGGAUCACAGCGAGCUCAUGGGUCGAAUCCGGGUUGUGAUCUCAGAAGGAGUUGUGAGAGAAAACACUCCCCCGGCAGCCUCAGCUACCAGGUUUGAUCGCCUGCGAGAUGUUGUUGCGUUCUCCUUUCAGCAUGCCCCCCAAGACAUCCUCGAGUACUCGGGAAUCGCAUGGCCAAGCUUCAAAAUGUUCCAAAAGCUGCCCAGCAAACCGUCGCGGCCUGGACCGAUCGGCUCUCGAGUCUCUGGUAUUUCGGGCCACGAAGCUCAUUCACACUCGCCACAGCGGUUACCUCCAAUAGCGUCGCGAAGUAAAAGGCUGUCGACGAAUGAAAAUUAUCAAAACUUGUUGGAAUCACAGAAGCAUUCAGAGGCCCGGCUCGAUUCGGUCAGGAAAGUCCCCAAUGUUAGUGUCUUGAAGAGCCAGUCCCCUGAAAGCCAGAUUCCCAUAAAGCUUAUGGCGCAGGAUGAUGACCCAUUCAUCUCCUCGCAUCAGACCCCUACGGCGAUACAGCAGUGGCGGCUGCAACUGAGGUCAACCAGUCACGACGUCUCCAUGCCUGAUUACGCGUCCAGCAAGACCGAUCGCAGCGUCGUCAAUACCGAGAUGUCGGGGGUCAGCGUCCCGCGAGCCAACUUUCUGAAGCACAUGAAUGAGGCCAACCCUGAAGAGAUUCUCCAAGCUCUAAGUCCUGCUCGCCAAGAACAAUUAUUCAAGGCCCUCAGCGCAUCACAUAGUCCAGUGGCCGGUAUAGGCACUCAACCACCAGCAAACACUCCUCAGACCACCAACGAUUUCAACACUCCGAGAGUUAUGCAUUCUGGCGGUGCCAAUGAUGCCGCGACGGCAAGAAUCUGGCAAGAACCGCGGCAGCGACGCCGGACAUGUUCGCUAGCUAGUUCCCGAAGCACUUCAGAGCCAGUGGCGCAGCUGAUCAAAGAACAGACCAGUCCGCGACAGCCCCAGGGACCGAGUGCACCUGCAGAGGGAAAAAGCCAGUUGUCAGCGGCGCCGAGAUCGCUUUCACUUGGCUUUAAUCGCCAGAGAUCAGCCUCGAAUGGCUCAAAGCGCAAGCGGUGCUCAACCUCUCCGGGAUUGGGCUUGGGUAAGAUUGAGGACACAAUUCAGGUUGUGAUGUCUUCUUCUUCGUGGUCGUCCUCUGCAUCAGAAGGGGAUCGAGACGAGUCGGCGGGACCAAAUGACUACUGGUCUCCGGUCGCGAAUUGCUCGUUGACUAUGCCUAUGCUUCGAGAGCCCUGGAAAAAAUACCGCAAGUUCAAGCCUCUUGACUUGCCUAACCGACAAUGGCCCUCGCGGACCAACGACAAGCCUCCUCGGUGGCUGGCCACUGAUUUGCGAGACGGCAAUCAAAGCCUUGUUGAUCCGAUGGAUGGUGAACAAAAACUGCGCUUCUUCAAGAUGCUUGUUGAGCUGGGUUACAAGGAAAUCGAGGUCUCGUUCCCUUCCGCUUCGCAAACCGACUACGACUUUACAAGAUACCUGAUCGAAACCCCCGGCGUGGUCCCCGACGACGUUUGGGUGCAGGUUCUGUCACCCUGCCGCGAGGACUUCAUCCGCCGGACUGUGGAGUCUGUAAGAGGAGCCAAAAAGGCCAUUUUACACUUAUAUCUUGCUACCAGUGAAUGCUUCCGCAGAAUUGUGUUUGGCAUGACUGAAGACGAGACUCUUGCCCUGGCUGUCAAGUGUACCAAGUUUGCGAGAUCCAUUACGAAGGACGAUCCUAGCCACGCAGGUACAGAAUGGCUCUACGAAUUCAGCCCCGAGACCUUCUCAGAUACAUCGCCCGAGUUUGCGGUACGAGUGUGCGAGGCGGUAAAAGAAGCGUGGGAGCCGACCGAAGACAGUAAACUGAUUUUCAACCUCCCCGCCACGGUGGAAAUGGCCACGCCGAAUAUAUUCGCGGACCAGAUCGAAUACUUUUGCACCCAUAUGACCGAGCGCGAGAAAUUUUGUGUCUCGGUACAUCCUCACAACGACCGAGGCUGUGCUGUAGCAGCUGCAGAGCUGGCUCAGAUGGCGGGUGCUGAAAGAGUCGAAGGCACUCUGUUCGGCAAUGGGGAACGAACCGGGAAUGUUGAUCUCGUUACCCUGGCUCUCAAUCUGUAUACGCAAGGUGUCUGGCCCAAUGUUGAUUUCAGUGACAUCAACAAAGUCAUCCGCGUCUGUGAAGAAUCAACAAAGAUACCCGUCAAUGAGCGGUGGCCCUAUGGUGGCCAGUUAGUUGUUUGUGCCUUCAGCGGCUCACACCAAGACGCUAUCAAAAAGGGGUUUCAACUUCGGAAAAAGGAAGGUCGUGGUGCUGAGGAUCCAUGGGAACUGCCCUACCUGCCACUCGAUCCUCAGGAUAUCGGACGUACAUACGAAGCCGUCAUCAGAGUCAACUCACAGUCUGGUAAAGGGGGUGUCGCCUGGAUUAUCCAACGCAGCCUGGAACUGGACCUGCCCCGCGGGUUGCAGAUCGCAUUCAGCAAGAUUGUGCAAAAAGAAGCCGAUGCCAAAGGUCGAGAGUUGCUUCCUCGAGAAAUCCAGGCCCUGUUUGAAGAGUCGUAUCAUCUCAGGAAGAAUCCGCGAUUUACUCUCAUCGACUACAACAUCACAGCUGUUCGGACUCCCUCACCAGCGCCCCAGACGAAGAUUUCAGCAGGCCAGCCACCCCAGACAGCGGCGCCGGCCCAAAAUACCUCGACUGCCAAACGACAGUUUGCAGGUAUCAUUGCCAUUGAUGGAGUUCAGCACCCGAUCGUGGGGGUGGGCAAUGGUGCCAUUUCCUCCCUCGCCAAUGCUUUACAUUCCUUGGGAAUUGAUCUUGAUGUGGCGGAUUACAAGGAGCACGCCAUUGGUGAAGGGAGAGAAGUGAAAGCUGCUACGUAUAUAGAGUGUACGGCAAGCAACUCGAGCGAGAAAGUAUGGGGAGUUGGCAUACAUGAAGAUGUGGUCCAGGCAUCCUUGAUCGCGUUGUUGAGUGCAGCAAGCUCGUUCUUGACAUCGCGGGUUUCCACGCCGGUCCCUUUCAAACCUAAGCACCUGAGGCAGUUUUCUGAAGCGGAACUCGAAGCUUUGGAGCGUCUGAACCUGAACAAUGGCUCCGACAGCCCUAACAGCCCAUUGAGAUCGUCUGUGACUGCAACAGAAGGAGGUGUUACACCGUCUAAAUUGAACAAGGAGACGCAUCCAAGCAGCGUUGCCGCGAACAAGAUUGACAUCGACUUGCUGGAACAGAAGGCUGAGUCUGUCAAUGGGCACGUCGCCGACUCCUAG